AUGAAAAACUUAUCUUUUCUCAUAAACAGAAGAAAGGAAAAUACAAGUGACUCGAAUGUAUACCCAGGAAAGGCUAAGUCGCAUGAACCCAGCUGGAUAGAAAUGGAUGAUCAAACUAAGAAGGACGGCUUAGAUAUUGUUCAUGUUGAGUUCAGUCCGGAUACAAGAGCGCCAAGCGAUAGCAAUAAAGUAAUAACAGAGAUAUUUGACGCUACUGAGGAUGCCAAGGAGGCAGACGAAAGUGAAAGAGGAAUGCCACUUGCGACAGCAUUGAAUACAUAUCCCAAGGCAGCAGCUUGGUCACUAUUGGUCUCUACAACUUUAAUCAUGGAAGGGUACGACACAGCUAUUCUUGGAGCUUUCUACGCCUUGCCUAUUUUUCAGAGAAAGUUUGGCUCACAAAAUGACAAAACUGGAGAAUGGGAAAUUUCAGCGUCAUGGCAAAUCGGGCUGACCUUAUGUUAUAUGGCAGGUGAAAUUGUGGGGCUACAGCUAACGGGGCCCUCCGUGGAUCUUGUUGGAAAUCGUUACACAUUGAUUAUUGCAUUGUUUUUUUUAGCUGCCUUCACUUUUAUACUGUACUUUUGCAAUAGUUUAGGCAUGAUUGCUGUGGGACAAGCAUUGUGCGGGAUGCCAUGGGGUUGUUUUCAGUGUUUGACGGUGUCUUACGCUUCUGAAAUAUGCCCAUUGGCUCUGAGAUAUUACCUUACAACCUAUUCAAACUUGUGCUGGUUAUUUGGACAACUUUUUGCAGCUGGAAUCAUGAAAAAUUCUCAAAAAAAAUAUGCGGAUUCAGAAUUAGGAUAUAAACUACCAUUUGCCCUACAGUGGAUUUUGCCAGUUCCUUUAGCACUGGGAAUUUUUUUUGCACCUGAAUCUCCAUGGUGGCUAGUUAAAAAAGGAAGGUUUGAUGAGGCAAGGAGAUCACUUAGAAGAACUUUAAGCGGCAAGGGACCUGAAAAAGAAAUACUAGUAACUCUGGAGGUGGACAAAAUAAAAGUGACUAUAGAUAAGGAAAAGAGACUCACAAGUAAAGAAGGCUCCUAUAGUGAUUGUUUUGAAGACAAGAUUAAUCGAAGAAGAACGAGAAUUACUUGUCUCUGCUGGGCUGGUCAAGCCACUUGUGGUUCAAUACUAAUAGGUUAUUCAACUUACUUUUACGAAAAGGCUGGCGUUAGUACUGAAAUGUCCUUCACUUUUAGUAUUAUUCAAUACUGUCUCGGUAUUUGUGCUACAUUUCUAUCUUGGUGGGCGUCAAAGUAUUUUGGUAGAUAUGACCUUUACGCUUUUGGACUAGCCUUCCAAACCAUUGUUUUUUUCAUUAUUGGCGGUUUGGGGUGCUCAAGUACGCACGGUUCCAAAAUGGGAAGUGGUUCUCUUUUAAUGGCUGUAGCAUUUUUUUACAAUUUAGGAAUUGCCCCGGUCGUUUUUUGCCUAGUCUCUGAAAUGCCAUCUUCAAGACUAAGAACGAAAACAAUCAUUCUAGCACGUAACACUUAUAAUGUGGUCAGUAUCAUAUGUAGCGUUCUCAUCUUAUACCAACUGAACUCUAAGAAGUGGAACUGGGGCGCUAAGUCAGGCUUUUUCUGGGGUGUCUUAUGCUUUUGUACUUUAAUCUGGGCUGUGGUUGACCUACCAGAAACUGCCGGAAAGACUUUCGUGGAAAUAAAUGAGUUAUUUAAACUUGGAGUUUCUGCAAGAAAGUUCAAAUCGACGAAAGUAGAUCCGUUUGUUGUCAAAACCCCCCUAAAGACGUCUCUCAUAACGACCCCAAGGGAGAUAUCGAAGCUUCCAUUGCAGAGGAAUAGCAAUGUAUCCCAUCACCUAUGA